UUUGCUUCCGGUAUGGCUACUCAUGAAACCGAUUCUUCUCUCGUAACCGCACACACAACACCAUCGCUCGCCCCCGGAGACGCCGUUGACGCCGUGGUCGAAGCUGUAGCGAAGGCCUCUUUGCAGGACGAAGUGGCGGCGGAUGUCCAGCAGAAAACCUCAGACACACCUGCUCGCCCGCUUCGGGUGUAUGCGCGAUAUGAUAUCCUCCAGCUCUCGAAGUCGCCUCUCAUCGAACUGCCCGAGGGGAUGCCUACUUUCAAGGAGUGGUUUGGUGACUGGAACGAGCAAGUAGGAAGCAAGAAGGAGGCUGAAUCGUCUACAAAUACCCCUGCACGAGAUCGUCGUUUUCGUAGAGACACAGAGGAUGGCGAUUCUUCUCGGGCAUCGUUCCGUUCAGGACUUACGCAGCCGUCGCAAAUGGGCAAUUUCAGACAUCAAUCAAUCCGCACCACCGAACGCGGCGCCGAGAAGGAGGUGGAUAAGGAGAGGGAACGCGACCUGCGUGACCGUGAGGGUCAAGAGCGGCUUCGAAAUCUUUCCGACAAAUACGACCGCGACCGGCUCGCAUUGUCAUCUGUAUCGACCCUUCGUAACAAAGACCGGGACGCCGCGCCACAUCUAACGGGUACAUCGACUUCACGGCUCGGGCAAGCUGCCGGUGCUGGCCGUCGCGCCGAAGGUAGAGAGGCAUCUAAGAGGAAACCGGUCGAGAGUAGCGACGAUUGGCGCAGAGGCGCAGAACCGAACCGAGCGGGUCGUGAAGACAGGGCUGAUAACCCGAGGCGAGAUCGCGAGACUCGUGAACGGCCACGCUCGCGUGCACGCGAGUCCUCUCGCCCGAGAAGGGAACCUUCGACAACUCGGCGGGACCGCGAUCGUGAUCGCGAAGACAGAGACCGUCCUAGGGAGCGCCGCGGCGAUGGUGACCGCGACGACCGCAGGGAGAAGGACGAUGGUGGUCGACGCGACAGGGACGACUACCCUCGUCGAGACUGGGAUGAUCCCUCUGAUCGGGAUCGACCCGACUACGGCCGUCGCGCGAAGGACUCUGAUCGCGACACUGAAGAUGACCCUAGGCGGUGGCGGGACGAUGGUCGCAGGGAUGAGCGCGUUGCUGCUCGGCGGGAACGCGACCGCGGCUGGGAUCGAUUCGAGGACCGCGACCGGGAGCGUCCCUCGGGUGGUGAAGAGAGGGACGCGCGCACGCGCCGUGGUGCUGGACGUGAUCGUCGACUCGGCGCGGCCGACGAUGAUAAAGACAGGGAGAAUCGACGCGAUCGCGAUAGGGAUCGCGAGGCUGAGCCUGCCUGGAUGGAAACAUACGUCCCCUCAACCCCAGGUGGUGGCAUUCUUGGUGGCAAGACAGAGGAUGGCGAGCUUGAUGGUAUUCAGGCUUGGAAGAAGGGUAUGAAGGAGAGGGAGCGCAAGGAAAAGGGCAGCGACGCGAACCCGGGCGGCAAGAACACGAAUGCCAAUGGCUCUUCUGAGCAGCAGGCGGCUUCAAGCUCUGAGAGUCCGAUGGACGAGAUCCAGUUGUUCAAGCUGAUGAUGAAGCGCGAGGCUCAAAAGAAAGAAGACAAGUCUCCCGACGGGCAACUGGAGUACGGGCCUCCAGGUCUUUCCAACAGUUCAUCAUUGCAAGGCAACGCUGCUUCAGAUCCGGCUAUCAUCACCCACCACCUUACGGAUGGACUGAAGAUUUCACCCUCACAGUCUCAUCAAGGCGAAGACCCUUCACCACGACCACCUUCAUCUACUACUCCUGCUUCCAAUGGCAUCCAAUCCUUGCUGACUGCUCUCACAACCGAGGCAGCUGCUAUGCAUCGCGGUUCUGAGUUGGCGAGCCCCUCGCUUGAUCGUUCGCUAGAAGGCUCAAGGGUCAUGGGGCCGCGUCUAGCCCAGGCAGCUUCACAGUCUGCAACGAACGCCUCCUCGCCUAGCGACCUUCCCUCCUCCAACGCCUCCCCUAAUACCUUCAACCCGCCCGCUGGCUCUCGUGUCCUCGCGUUCAAGUCUCGCAAUGCUGCAAACAACGUGCCAACCGCCCCUGGCAAUCAAAUGCCACCCCCUGGUCUCUCCGUUCCUCAAGUUCGGUCUGCGUCCGGUUCAUCUGCCAUCCCACCGCAUAUUCCGGAUACACUCGGCAACGACAUGCAUUAUGCGGGCCAACGUAUGAAUGCUGCCGAUCCUUCUCGUGGGGUCCGGAGUUUCUCGCCCCUCAGCAACGGUUCACAGCCCAACUUGCUCAUGGACGACCCCCGCGAAGCGAUGCAUCUGGGGCAGCUAAACGAGGGUAUCCGCCGUGCGUCUGGUUCCGCAGCGGAACGUGCGAUUUUCGGCAUCCCUGGGGAGAAUGCCCCUCCUUACAACGACAUGGGCGGGCCGCAAGCCGGCGGGUUCCCUCUAGGUGUCCAGCUGGAUCCCUCAGGCAGCGGAGCCAAUUACACCAACAAGGGCAGUCGGUUCGCAAAGUUCUUUGACGCGAGAACCCGGGACGUGCAGGCCACAGGGCCACGCCUCGCACAGCAGCAGCAGCAGCAGCAGCAAGCGCCUCCCGUACAGCCUGGGCACCCGCACCUCCGCCAAGAGCCGCCCGCGCUCGGCGGCGUUGGUCCACCGAGAGGAGAGAGGACUAUGGAAGAUAUCUUCGCGAUGCUGCAGAGCUCGUCGCAGCAGGGCCACAGGAUGUCUCCGCAGAUCGUGCAGCCGGGUCGGAUACCCCAGGGUGGCAAUCAGUUCGCCCAGAGCAAUCUCGAGCUACAAAUUUUGCAACAACAGCAACAGCAUCUGCACCAGCAACAGCUGGCCCAAAACAACCGCCUCGAUUCUCUCUACGACAGCCGAAUCGACGAUCGGAACUUCGUCCCGGACGGUCUCGUCCCUGGAUUGCGCCCUGCACCACCCCGUUCCCGCAGCCGAGAGUCUGGUGGUAUCCUCUUCAACGAACAGAUCGACGACCCCCUGCACUUCAACGUCCAGCGCCUUACCCAGCAGCGGAACAUGGAGCAGAUGUUCAACAACGGCCCCGUGCCCUCCAUGUACGCCCAGCAGCAGGCGGCGAUGCACCGCAACGGCGGUCUCCCGAUGCAGCAGGGCCAGUACCGCGGCUCCUCCCCCAUCUCCAGCCACAGCCAAAACCCUCUCCAGCCGCCGUCGCAGCGCCUCCCUCCCGGGCUCGCCAACCUCGGCGCCCGCCCCCCACACGAUCCUUCACAGUUCCUUGGCGCCGGCGUCGGCAUGCCCGGUGGCGGACUGCACGGCCCCACGCCCGCGCAGCAAGUCUACAACACCUUCACGCAGGGCGGCCUCGGCGGCUACAACGGCAACCCGCCGCUGCGCGGGCCGCCGGGUCCCCCGAAUCCCCUGUCGGUCAACCCCAUGGGCGGACUGGGCCCGAACAGCUUGGAGAUGCGCGCGGCGAACCAGGCGCAGCUGCUGGGCAUGCAGGGCAACUUGGGCGGCGCAGGGCUUCGGGGCUCAGGCCCUGGCUUCGGGCCGCAACAGGGCCCUGGGGGUCAGAUGUCGCUCGCGAUGCGCCAACAACUCCAGCAACAGCAGCAGCAGCAGCACAUCCCGCCACAGAUGAUGGCGCACCUCCUCCCGUCGCACCUCCAGCAGCAGGCCGUGCACGGCGGUGGUGCGCAGACCACCCAGGACUUGAUGGCGCUCUUGAUGGGCGGUCACAGAGAGUGAGCAGCGGGCCCCGGUAUAUGCUUGUGUCCAUAUCCUUCCUCUCCUUUCGCGCAUCCGCAUUUCGAUUUUCUCUCUCAUGCCACGACGCUUCCCCUCCCUCUGUACCUAAUUUC